AUGGAUACCCUUAGGAACCCGAACAUAGGACUUCCGGUACCGUACUGGUCUGAAUUUGAUGAAACAUCUAGGCAAUACAUUGACCUUGGCACGGAAAUCACAACAGGAUCUGAUUUAUUGGGAGACCGGAUACGAUUCUGGACUGAUGAGAUACCUCGUGUAAUGUCAGAAACGGAAAUCGCUAUAAACACGCCAUUGGGACGAAUCAGAGGAAUUUCACAAAAGGUUAAAGGUAAAAACAUCUAUCAGUUCCGGAAAAUUCCUUUCGCUGUGCCGCCAAUAGGAUUACUAAGAUUCGCAAAGCCUGUUUCUGUUUCACGGUGGAAUGAUACACUUGACGCUACCCGGUUUGGACCUGCCUGCAUUCAAACUAUAAGCGCGAUCACGGGAAAGUUUCUUCCAAACAAAAAUCUCUCGGAAGAUUGUCUCUUUGUAAAUGUUUAUGUACCAAACGAAUUGACAAUAACUGCCAACAAAUCAGUGAUGGUUUGGAUUCACGGUGGAGGCUAUAGAUCUGGCUCUGGGAUGGAGUAUGACGGUACGUCAUUAGCGCUUCAAGGCGACGUCAUUGUUGUGACGCUCAACUACCGACUCGGUGUCUUUGGAUUUUUCAGUACGGGAGAUUCCAGCGCGAGAGGUAAUUACGGAUUAUGGGAUCAGAUAGAAGCCCUUAAAUGGAUAAAGUCUAAUAUCAAAUAUUUUGGCGGCAAUUCUGAUUCAAUAACGUUGUUUGGAGAAUCGGCAGGUGCUUUUAGCGUUUUCCAUUUAGCUUUGUUUCCAGGGAACCAGAAUCUUUUUCAUCGCGUUAUUAUGCAAAGUGGUACUUUUGGAUUUGUUCAAAAAGAUCCAUUCACGUACGCACAAGCCUUGGGUGAUCAUUUACAAUGCAGUGAUGUUCACAGCACUACUUCAUUAGUUUCGUGUUUACGCGAAGUGGAGGCAACAACGUUACUAACUGGGUCGCACAUUGCAUAUAUGUUUUCUUCACUUAAUGAUAUUUUCGCUAUGCCUUUAGCACCUGUCAUAGACGGAGAACUGAUUUCCGUUGAUCCGCUGUCUUUACUUCGUAAUGAAUCCUCGGAAGAGUUGGCAUUCUACAAAUCGCUCGACGUCAUUUCCGGUUGCAAUUCAGCCGAAGGAUCCUUGUUACUGAUGGUUAUUCCACUAUUUCCAGACUUAUUUUUACCGGCUGGCAACUUGUCGGAAGGAAUUCCAAGCUGGGUUCUGAAGCUCUUUGCUCAAAGCUUAACUGAAACAAAGUACAAUAACGACAGCAGGAUUUUACAGCUUGUAUAUGACAAGUACACCUCAACGGAUAUAGCAGAACAAGGUCGACUCAUUGUCAACUUUUUCAGUGAUUUUACAUAUUAUUUGCCAAUGCUAGAAUCUUUAUUGCUUCAUAAUAGAGGAGGAAACUCACACGCGAAUUCUUUUCAAUAUUUCUUCUCGAAUGCACCACUUGUAGAUUUUGCACUUGGUGUUCUACCGGAAUGGUUCGAAGGAGCUGGUCAUGGAACUGAGAUCAACUACUUGUUCGAUAACUGGGGUUACCUCAGUGGUAACAACAGGGUUCUUUCUACCACCAUGAUGUCGUACUGGACGAACUUUGCAAAUAACGGGAACCCGAACAUAGGACUUCCGGUACCGUACUGGUCUGAAUUUGAUGAAACAUCUAGGCAAUACAUUGACCUUGGCACGGAAAUCACAACAGGAUCUGAUUUAUUGGGAGACCGGAUACGAUUCUGGACUGAUGAGAUACCUCGUGUAAUGUCAGAAACGGAAAUCGCUAUAAACACGCCAUUGGGACGAAUCAGAGGAAUUUCACAAAAGGUUAAAGGUAAAAACAUCUAUCAGUUCCGGAAAAUUCCUUUCGCUGUGCCGCCAAUAGGAUUACUAAGAUUCGCAAAGCCUGUUUCUGUUUCACGGUGGAAUGAUACACUUGACGCUACCCGGUUUGGACCUGCCUGCAUUCAAACUAUAAGCGCGAUCACGGGAAAGUUUCUUCCAAACAAAAAUCUCUCGGAAGAUUGUCUCUUUGUAAAUGUUUAUGUACCAAACGAAUUGACAAUAACUGCCAACAAAUCAGUGAUGGUUUGGAUUCACGGUGGAGGCUAUAGAUCUGGCUCUGGGAUGGAGUAUGACGGUACGUCAUUAGCGCUUCAAGGCGACGUCAUUGUUGUGACGCUCAACUACCGACUCGGUGUCUUUGGAUUUUUCAGUACGGGAGAUUCCAGCGCGAGAGGUAAUUACGGAUUAUGGGAUCAGAUAGAAGCCCUUAAAUGGAUAAAGUCUAAUAUCAAAUAUUUUGGCGGCAAUUCUGAUUCAAUAACGUUGUUUGGAGAAUCGGCAGGUGCUUUUAGCGUUUUCCAUUUAGCUUUGUUUCCAGGGAACCAGAAUCUUUUUCAUCGCGUUAUUAUGCAAAGUGGUACUUUUGGAUUUGUUCAAAAAGAUCCAUUCACGUACGCACAAGCCUUGGGUGAUCAUUUACAAUGCAGUGAUGUUCACAGCACUACUUCAUUAGUUUCGUGUUUACGCGAAGUGGAGGCAACAACGUUACUAACUGGGUCGCACAUUGCAUAUAUGUUUUCUUCACUUAAUGAUAUUUUCGCUAUGCCUUUAGCACCUGUCAUAGACGGAGAACUGAUUUCCGUUGAUCCGCUGUCUUUACUUCGUAAUGAAUCCUCGGAAGAGUUGGCAUUCUACAAAUCGCUCGACGUCAUUUCCGGUUGCAAUUCAGCCGAAGGAUCCUUGUUACUGAUGGUUAUUCCACUAUUUCCAGACUUAUUUUUACCGGCUGGCAACUUGUCGGAAGGAAUUCCAAGCUGGGUUCUGAAGCUCUUUGCUCAAAGCUUAACUGAAACAAAGUACAAUAACGACAGCAGGAUUUUACAGCUUGUAUAUGACAAGUACACCUCAACGGAUAUAGCAGAACAAGGUCGACUCAUUGUCAACUUUUUCAGUGAUUUUACAUAUUAUUUGCCAAUGCUAGAAUCUUUAUUGCUUCAUAAUAGAGGAGGAAACUCACACGCGAAUUCUUUUCAAUAUUUCUUCUCGAAUGCACCACUUGUAGAUUUUGCACUUGGUGUUCUACCGGAAUGGUUCGAAGGAGCUGGUCAUGGAACUGAGAUCAACUACUUGUUCGAUAACUGGGGUUACCUCAGUGGUAACAACAGGGUUCUUUUUGCAAAUAACGGGAACCCGAACAUAGGACUUCCGGUACCGUACUGGUCUGAAUUUGAUGAAACAUCUAGGCAAUACAUUGACCUUGGCACGGAAAUCACAACAGGAUCUGAUUUAUUGGGAGACCGGAUACGAUUCUGGACUGAUGAGAUACCUCGUGUAAUGUCAGAAACGGAAAUCGCUAUAAACACGCCAUUGGGACGAAUCAGAGGAAUUUCACAAAAGGUUAAAGGUAAAAACAUCUAUCAGUUCCGGAAAAUUCCUUUCGCUGUGCCGCCAAUAGGAUUACUAAGAUUCGCAAAGCCUGUUUCUGUUUCACGGUGGAAUGAUACACUUGACGCUACCCGGUUUGGACCUGCCUGCAUUCAAACUAUAAGCGCGAUCACGGGAAAGUUUCUUCCAAACAAAAAUCUCUCGGAAGAUUGUCUCUUUGUAAAUGUUUAUGUACCAAACGAAUUGACAAUAACUGCCAACAAAUCAGUGAUGGUUUGGAUUCACGGUGGAGGCUAUAGAUCUGGCUCUGGGAUGGAGUAUGACGGUACGUCAUUAGCGCUUCAAGGCGACGUCAUUGUUGUGACGCUCAACUACCGACUCGGUGUCUUUGGAUUUUUCAGUACGGGAGAUUCCAGCGCGAGAGGUAAUUACGGAUUAUGGGAUCAGAUAGAAGCCCUUAAAUGGAUAAAGUCUAAUAUCAAAUAUUUUGGCGGCAAUUCUGAUUCAAUAACGUUGUUUGGAGAAUCGGCAGGUGCUUUUAGCGUUUUCCAUUUAGCUUUGUUUCCAGGGAACCAGAAUCUUUUUCAUCGCGUUAUUAUGCAAAGUGGUACUUUUGGAUUUGUUCAAAAAGAUCCAUUCACGUACGCACAAGCCUUGGGUGAUCAUUUACAAUGCAGUGAUGUUCACAGCACUACUUCAUUAGUUUCGUGUUUACGCGAAGUGGAGGCAACAACGUUACUAACUGGGUCGCACAUUGCAUAUAUGUUUUCUUCACUUAAUGAUAUUUUCGCUAUGCCUUUAGCACCUGUCAUAGACGGAGAACUGAUUUCCGUUGAUCCGCUGUCUUUACUUCGUAAUGAAUCCUCGGAAGAGUUGGCAUUCUACAAAUCGCUCGACGUCAUUUCCGGUUGCAAUUCAGCCGAAGGAUCCUUGUUACUGAUGGUUAUUCCACUAUUUCCAGACUUAUUUUUACCGGCUGGCAACUUGUCGGAAGGAAUUCCAAGCUGGGUUCUGAAGCUCUUUGCUCAAAGCUUAACUGAAACAAAGUACAAUAACGACAGCAGGAUUUUACAGCUUGUAUAUGACAAGUACACCUCAACGGAUAUAGCAGAACAAGGUCGACUCAUUGUCAACUUUUUCAGUGAUUUUACAUAUUAUUUGCCAAUGCUAGAAUCUUUAUUGCUUCAUAAUAGAGGAGGAAACUCACACGCGAAUUCUUUUCAAUAUUUCUUCUCGAAUGCACCACUUGUAGAUUUUGCACUUGGUGUUCUACCGGAAUGGUUCGAAGGAGCUGGUCAUGGAACUGAGAUCAACUACUUGUUCGAUAACUGGGGUUACCUCAGUGGUAACAACAGGGUUCUUUCUACCACCAUGAUGUCGUACUGGACGAACUUUGCAAAUAACGGGAACCCGAACAUAGGACUUCCGGUACCGUACUGGUCUGAAUUUGAUGAAACAUCUAGGCAAUACAUUGACCUUGGCACGGAAAUCACAACAGGAUCUGAUUUAUUGGGAGACCGGAUACGAUUCUGGACUGAUGAGAUACCUCGUGUAAUGUCAGAAACGGAAAUCGCUAUAAACACGCCAUUGGGACGAAUCAGAGGAAUUUCACAAAAGGUUAAAGGUAAAAACAUCUAUCAGUUCCGGAAAAUUCCUUUCGCUGUGCCGCCAAUAGGAUUACUAAGAUUCGCAAAGCCUGUUUCUGUUUCACGGUGGAAUGAUACACUUGACGCUACCCGGUUUGGACCUGCCUGCAUUCAAACUAUAAGCGCGAUCACGGGAAAGUUUCUUCCAAACAAAAAUCUCUCGGAAGAUUGUCUCUUUGUAAAUGUUUAUGUACCAAACGAAUUGACAAUAACUGCCAACAAAUCAGUGAUGGUUUGGAUUCACGGUGGAGGCUAUAGAUCUGGCUCUGGGAUGGAGUAUGACGGUACGUCAUUAGCGCUUCAAGGCGACGUCAUUGUUGUGACGCUCAACUACCGACUCGGUGUCUUUGGAUUUUUCAGUACGGGAGAUUCCAGCGCGAGAGGUAAUUACGGAUUAUGGGAUCAGAUAGAAGCCCUUAAAUGGAUAAAGUCUAAUAUCAAAUAUUUUGGCGGCAAUUCUGAUUCAAUAACGUUGUUUGGAGAAUCGGCAGGUGCUUUUAGCGUUUUCCAUUUAGCUUUGUUUCCAGGGAACCAGAAUCUUUUUCAUCGCGUUAUUAUGCAAAGUGGUACUUUUGGAUUUGUUCAAAAAGAUCCAUUCACGUACGCACAAGCCUUGGGUGAUCAUUUACAAUGCAGUGAUGUUCACAGCACUACUUCAUUAGUUUCGUGUUUACGCGAAGUGGAGGCAACAACGUUACUAACUGGGUCGCACAUUGCAUAUAUGUUUUCUUCACUUAAUGAUAUUUUCGCUAUGCCUUUAGCACCUGUCAUAGACGGAGAACUGAUUUCCGUUGAUCCGCUGUCUUUACUUCGUAAUGAAUCCUCGGAAGAGUUGGCAUUCUACAAAUCGCUCGACGUCAUUUCCGGUUGCAAUUCAGCCGAAGGAUCCUUGUUACUGAUGGUUAUUCCACUAUUUCCAGACUUAUUUUUACCGGCUGGCAACUUGUCGGAAGGAAUUCCAAGCUGGGUUCUGAAGCUCUUUGCUCAAAGCUUAACUGAAACAAAGUACAAUAACGACAGCAGGAUUUUACAGCUUGUAUAUGACAAGUACACCUCAACGGAUAUAGCAGAACAAGGUCGACUCAUUGUCAACUUUUUCAGUGAUUUUACAUAUUAUUUGCCAAUGCUAGAAUCUUUAUUGCUUCAUAAUAGAGGAGGAAACUCACACGCGAAUUCUUUUCAAUAUUUCUUCUCGAAUGCACCACUUGUAGAUUUUGCACUUGGUGUUCUACCGGAAUGGUUCGAAGGAGCUGGUCAUGGAACUGAGAUCAACUACUUGUUCGAUAACUGGGGUUACCUCAGUGGUAACAACAGGGUUCUUUCUACCACCAUGAUGUCGUACUGGACGAACUUUGCAAAUAACGGGUAA